AUGGUGGACUUCGUCGAUGGUGAUGAUGAUGAGGAUGAGGUUGUCGUUGUUUGCGAGUUCAUGUUGAGGAGAAGCAGUGAGGAAGUGAAGACAAUCGGAGCUGCAUCCCUCCGAGCUAAGACCUCUGCUUCAAAUCAUGUACCUCGAAGCAUAAUGCCACCGCAUUUGCUUGUGACGGAUUACGACGAUGCCAGGACCCUUGAGCCGCCAGCUCACGGUGACAAGUCGUUCCCUGAGCAUGCCCCUCGAGUACUCAUCGCUUCCGCUCUAUCAACGGCUUCAUCCGCUUCACACCGCCUCGCUGCUACGCUCGGCCAAGCGCCCGCAGACGAUGUGCCAACGUCCAGCCACGAUCGAUGCCCGGUGACGAUUGCUGCCACCAAUGCUUGCGGAGGAGGCCAAUGUCGGCUGGAUGUUAGACAUCCAAAAACAUCCAUCCCCGACUCUACCCUCGACGAAGCCAGACCGACCACCCAUCCUGCACCCUGCAAAGUAUCCAUCUGCCCAUCGACCAACACCUGGCAUGACCUGAUCGGACCAGCUUCGAGAGAUCAUCCCUCCUUCUCCACGACUGACAGCCAGAUCUAG